AUGGCAUACAGUGAGGAAGAUGUUAAAAAUAUUAUUCUAAGUGCUAUAAAAGAGCAUUUAGAUGAAGAUUGCAACCAGUACAUUAAAGAAGCUGAAGAACAGUUAAAAGAAUCUUUAACAAAGUAUGAUAAACUUAAGACGGAUGUUAAGAAACGGUCGAUGGAAUCAAAAAGUUACAAAAAAAUGUGUAACAAUUUUGGUAAAGUACUACAAAUUUCAGAGAAUAAUAAAACAAUUGGAGUGGAUGAAAUUUUAGCUUGUAUAUAUGAGAUGGAAAGAAUUACUCUCGAAAAUCAGAAAGCUGAAAACAAAUUUUGGGAAAAUAAAAGGAUUAUAGAAGAAUUUUUAGAGAGGAAAUCUAAUAGUUGUGAUAAUAUGGCUGAAAGAAAAGAUGAAUUUAUUACCCGACAAUUAGAAGAUCUUAUAUCACUUGGUGAGGAGAUUAUGCAAACUAUGAAAGUUAAUGAUAGUUUAAAAGAAGAAGAUGAACUAUUGAAUAAAAAAUUAGAAAUAAUGGAAUUGCGCAUGAAGUUUCUUGAAGAAGAUGGAAGAAAACUUGAGGAAUUAGAACAAGAUCUUGAAUAUUUUGAAAAUGAAUUGUCAAAUAUUGAUAAUUCACCACAAUCUGUAACUAUUAAUGACAAAUUUAUUACUAAUAGUAAACUUAGUCAAUUGAUGGAAAAACUUGAUUCAGAAACAAAGAAAAAUGCAGAAUUAGAAUUUGAGGUUGAAAGAAUUAAUAAUGAAAUAGAAAGAAUUGAUUCUUUGUUUAAUCAAUUAGAAUUUUUAAAAAAAUUAAUUGGAAUGGAUUAUAGUGAGAUGAAAAAUUUUGAUUUAACAGAAGUUUUUAAAAGUUAUCCUUUAUUAGCAGAUGAAAUUGUAAAAUUUAAAGAUACAAUGAAUAAAUUAGAAGAAAGAAAGUUAUGUUAUCAGAAACAAUUUGAGGAACUUGAACUUUUAUGUAAUCAAAAGAUGAAGGAAUUUGAAAAAUUAAAUGCUGAAAAAAAAGAAAUGUUGAAAACAAUAAAUGAAUUAGAUGAAGAAGUUGAUUCUUUGAAAGAAAAGUGUGGUGAUAAAGCUUAUAUGUUAGAUAAUAUGAUAUUAGAAAAAAUAAAGAAGGAAUCAACAAUGUUAGAAGAAUGUUUAAAUAUAACUAGACAAAUUGAAGAAGGACAGAAAAAGAAAUAA